AUGUUUGGACAAGACAAUGGAACAGUGAACGAACAAAAUGAAAAUCUAUUUCCGGACAAAGACGUUUUUCAAGAUUCUGUUGGCACCCUCGACCAAGAGCUUCAAGAAAUCAACAAUACUGUAUCACGAACUGAUCAAUCAAACACAGGCAUCCCCAACGCUAGCACUGAUUCAAGUCGUCCUUCAGGCAUCUCCAACACUAGCACUGAUUCAAGUCGUCCUUCAAGCAUCCCCAACGCUAGCACUGAUUCAGGUCGUCCUUCAGGCAUCCCCGACGCAUGCACUGAUUCAAGUCGUCCUUCAGGCAUUCCCAACGCUAGCGCUGAUUCAAGUCGUCCUUCAGGCAUCCCCAACGCUAGCACUGAUUCAAGUUAUCCUUCAGGCAUCCCCAACGCUAGCAUUGAUUCAAGUCGUCCUUCAGGCAUCCCCAACGCUAGCAAUGAUUCAAGUCGUCCUUCAGGCAUCCACAACGCUAGCACUGAUUCAGGUCGUCCUUCAGGCAUCCCAAACGCUAGCACUGAUUCAAGUCGUCUUUUAGGCAUCCCCAACGCUAGCACUGAUUCACGUCGUCCUUCAGGCAUCCCCAACGCUAGCACUGAUUCAAGUUGUCCUUCAGGCAUCCCCAACGCUAGCACUGAUUCAAGUCGUCUUUUUCAUGAUAACUGGUUAACGCAGAAAAUCUAA